GUUAGCCGUAGCCGGAAAACUGAGUGCUACCGAAUAGGGCUGUUUUAUCUGCGAAGCUGCGUGCGCGCCGGCCGUUCGACUGCAGUCACCUGUAAACGCGCGCGCUCCUCACUCCUCGCGCCUGCGCUCUCCGCGACAACUCGACAUCGAUAUUUAUUACGCAAAAAUGGUAGACAAAAAGAUGCAGCACGAAAUUAAUAUUACUCACAUAAGUGGCAGCGUUGUGUCCGACAUUCAUGAGAUCAAUUUGUCGGGUACGCUGCCGGACACCAAGAAACAAGAAGCACACAAUGGAGAACAUCAUGUUGUGACACAUCCAACUUCGUACGCAGAUACUAUGCUGCACCUGUUUCGAGGCAACAUAGGUACGGGCCUGCUGGCUAUGGGAGAUGCCUUCAAGAAUGGAGGCAUCGUAUUCUCGCCCAUCGUCACGGCUCUACUGGGAAUCAUUUGCGUUCACGCUCAGCAUUUACUGCUAAACUGUUCAGAGGAGAUGCAUCGGAAGUCAAAACGCGACCGUGCACCAGGGUUCGCAGAGACUGUGUACCUGGUGUUUGCUAGUGGACCCGUCAGCUGCCGAAGUAUGGCCACCACCAUGAAGAUAUUAGUCAACGGGUUCCUCUGCGUCACACAGCUGGGAUUCUGCUGUGUUUAUAUUGUAUUCAUCGCGAAUAAUGUUAAAAUGAUUUGCGACCAAUACAACAUACACAUCAGUCUAUCAAUACACAUGCUAUUUGUGGUGUUACCGAUUAUGCUGGCCUGCAUGGUCCGUAACCUCAAAUAUUUGACGCCGUUCUCCACCAUAGCGAAUAUAAUGAUGGCUUUUGGAGUCGCUGUUGUGAUCUACGCAGCCACCCAGGACUUGCCAGCAGUGGAGACCAGGGUAUACAUGGCGUCUUGGCAACAACUCCCUCUGUACUUCGGAACUGCUAUUUACGCUUUUGAAGGAAUUGGAUUGGUCCUUCCUCUGAAGAACGAGAUGAGCAACCCUGAGAGUUUCCAAAAGCCCCUGGGUGUGUUGAACGUAGGCAUGGUAGUGGUCGGCAGCAUAUUUAUCACCGUGGGUUUCUUGGGCUACCUCAAAUGGGGCGACGAAGUGCUCGGCAGCUUGACCCUGAAUCUGCAACCAGGAGAAGUCCUCAGUAACGUGGUUCAAUCUCUGAUCGCGCUGGCGAUUUUAUUCACAUACCCACUGCAGUUCUACGUGCCCAUUGCCAUCACCUGGCCGGCGAUCGAGAAGAAGUAUGGAGCUACACACCCCGUGGCCAAAGAACUGGGCUACAGAGCUCUUCUUGUCAUACUGACUUUCAUUCUGGCGGAAUCCAUACCCGAGCUAGGACUCUUCAUAUCAUUGGUGGGAGCAGUGAGCAGCACAGCCCUGGCGCUGAUGUUCCCCCCUCUUCUGGAACUGGUGUCCACGUCACAGAAGCCCGGAGGAAUCCCAACACAUAUAAUCAUCAAAAACUGCUUCAUCAUUCUCUUAGGAUUAUUCAUUUUCUCAACGGGAACGUACGAGAGUGUUGCAUCCAUUGUUAGGGCUUUUCAGGUAUAGGAUCAUUUAUUUAAGAAAACCGCAUUAGGUAAAUAAGUAUUAAGUAUUUUUAGGCUGUUUUUAAGGCGUUGCUGGUCUCAGUUGUUGAGUUGCCUAAAGUAUUUUUUAAUGUAAUCGAAAAACUUGUACAAUUUAUGUCUGUUAAUUAUUUGUACUGGUAAUUAUUUGCCAACAUAUUUAUGUAAAAGCCAGAAUUCCUAAAAGAAGUAGCUAAAAAAUCAGUUCACAAAAGUAGCUUAGCAACCAGAACUUCAAAAGUCAUUGACCAAUUCAAAUUUUCAUUUUUUUCUAUGACUUGUGUAUGAAUCUUCCCCAUCAAUCUUUCCGUUCACUGUUAGGUUUAUUUGACUGUUUUCAGCUAUCAAUUUAUCUCUUUCAAAUUACGCGUGACUUUGAAUGUGUAAAGCCACUUUUGGCUUUGACUAUACUUCUGUAAAAAAAAAAUGCAAUUGACGAAAACGAGUCAAAAUAAUAACAUUAAUUUGCUAACGAAAUGAUAUCAAUAUAUUGACUCGAGAAUAUUAAAUACCUAUAUUGUAUCUGCCUAUAUCUCCAUAAGUCAACUCUGGAUACCCGUGCUUGACAUCCGACUUGGUCCGUUCAGAUAGACCGGCUCGGAGAGCAUCGGCGCGCAUUUAUCUUUUUACACAGACCGGAGUCGGCUCCGAUCGGCUGCGUGGGAUGCAAGUGGAACCAAACGUCAGCAAAACCGAGAAAAAGUACACGAGAGGAGCCGAUCGGAGCCGGUCGGCUCCUCUUGUUACUUCACACCGAGCGCCUUCGAGCAUUCUUAAUGACAAAAGCAGUGCGCACGCAAAAAAAAAUCCUUACUUCAAAUACUAAGUACUCAAUUUUCAACGUGUUAAGAAUUUGCUCUCCUCUCCGAGCCGGUCUGUCUGAACGGACCCUAAUACACUAGAAAAAAAGGCUAAGUAUGUAGUCGUAGUAUAUGCCUGCAAAUUCUAGAAGGAUACUGAAGAACGAACAUAGGCUUUUAACUAGGGUAUUUUUCUAGAAUUUAUUGUCGGACCUAAUCACAUUAAAUUCUAUCACAUAUACUUUAUGAUAUUCUAUGGUGUAAAAAAAUAACUUAAUCCAUUCAGUGGUUUGGCCACAGGAAUCACUUUUCGUUUUCAUAAUUUACAACAUCAUGUGUAAAGUAGAGAUAAAGUUCGGUCGCAAGUAUCGGAUGUUUGACCAGUUGACAGCUGUCAGUUUUCAAGAGAGAAUUUCCGUUUUUUGUUAUGAAUGAUUCUUAUAUGGUGUUCUAAUUCUCGCACGAAAAAUGCAUUUUUUUAGAUUAACUUAUUUAAUUGAAUGUGAUUAGGUACGACACACGUUGAGUGAUUUGAAGAAGAAAAUCAGAUUUAGUUUUCAUUUCUCAUUUAUUUAUUUAUAUACAUAUUUUGUUAGUAAUAUUAACCGUCUGUUGCACAAAGCUCCAUUAAAGUUAAAUCUUCAUUAAAUCUAUUGCUGAAGCUUUUUAUCCUGUUAACAAAGAGUCAGCAAUAGAUUUAAAGAAGGUUUAACUUUAAAGGGGCUUUGUGCAACCGACGCUAAGGCGGUAAGGUAAACGUUCCGUUAGGUACUCGACAGAUUUAGAACUGGGCUGCGUUUACAGGACUGCCACAUUAUUGUUAGAUAUUUUAAGAACAUAUUUUUAGUGUAGGAUGGCUUUAUUUUUACUUUAUUACUUAUAGUGAACCCCAGUGAGAAAAAGGAGCUACUUUAAUUAAGAGACAUAUAGAAAUAUACAUAAUUAAAGGUACAUUAUAAUAUAGAAAUAUAUACUAUCGCACAUGCCGUGACUGCGUUAAAUCUCCACAGUUGCACCACUGGUUUGUAUAUAUUUAUAUGAAACCCUUUUGGAACGAUGUUACCUUAGAUAUCAAUUGUUUUCAUGCAGUCGCGGCAUAUGCGAUCAGCAGUCGACAUUCCAAACGUACCUUUAAGAUACCAUGGGCUCUCGAUUCAAACAAUGUCCUGCAAUAAUUGCAAAAUAUGAAUGUAAAUGAAUGCGCUGGUCAGCUGCUAAACGCACGAUUUUUUGAAUUUUAACUUUUACCAUAAAAACCAGCGUAACCAGGCUAUUGGAACCCAGUAGCUUUAGCACGCCUGUUGCACGAACGAACGUCUGAAAAAAUAAGUAUUAUACGUACGCCUAGUAAAAGUUUAUUUGCAGUAGAAAACGUAAGAUUAGGUAUACUUGUAUUAUUCCUAUUUUAUAUUUAAGAAAUAUUGAUAAAUUGUAACCAUGGGCGAUCUCAGAUUACCUCAGAAGGUUGUUCGAUUUGUUAAACCACGGGAAACGACCCAUAUUUAUUAGAUAAGUCUAUAGGUAGGUAGUGAUGUCUGAACUAUUUUAAAAUAUUGGAUUAAUAAAUUGUUAUGAAUUCUGAAAUUAUAUGAUUUUGUAGUAUAUUUAUGAAAAUAUAUAAACAUGUGAACCAGAUACAUAUUCAAUAAUUAUGCAUUUAUACAUUUAUAAUUUGUAAUAAUUACGCAAAUUGCACUACCGUUAACUAACGCUUGAUAAAAGUAUAAAUCAGUUUCUAGCCAUUAAAAAUAAUUGACGGAGACAAAAUCAUGUCGAUUUGGCAAAUUAAAUGCAAGUAAAGUUAAAAAUAACAUUAAUAUAAUUUUAUUCUGUGAUAUAAGGUCUGGGAUUAAAUGUUGUCUUAGCAA